AUGGACAGCACCGGGACAAUAUUCGACCUUCGAGGACGCGGGCUUACGCUAGAAACGCGCGAAGAUGCCCAGCAGUACCUCGAUGAAAUAUCUACCCCCAGCGCCAUCACCGAAAUUCACCUCAGUGGCAAUACAAUAGGCAUAGGCGCAGCCGAGGCGAUUGGGGAGGCUCUCAAGGAGAUGAAUUCACUACGAGUCGCCAACUUUUCUGACAUAUUUACUCGAAGAUCGAUUGCCGAGAUCCCAAAGUCCCUCGAAUCCCUCCUGACGCCUCUCCUGCACACAUAUACCCUGCGCUCGCUCGAUCUCUCGGGUAACGCAUUCGGCGAACGCGUCGCACCCGUGCUCGUGCCCCUCCUCACGACGAACCGCUCCAUCCACACCCUCAACCUCAAUAACCAGGGUCUCGGCCCAGCGGCGGGCAUCAUCCUCGCCGACGCCCUGCACAGAUCCGCGCUGCUCUCUGCGGAAAACAACGAAGAACCGCAGCUGCGCGUGCUGAUUAUCGGGCGCAACCGCCUGGAGCACUCGGCGCACGCGUGGGGCAAGGCAUUCAGCGUGCACACGAACCUGGAGGGCGUGCACAUGCCGCAGAACGGGAUCAAAGCCGACGGAUUCGGUGCGAUCGUGAAGGGGCUGGCAAACGCCAGGUCGCUGAGGCACCUGAAUCUGCAGGAUAACUGGGGGAAGAACUCGGUCGAGGGUGAGGACGAGGACACGGACAGCUGGCCGCAUCUGACGUCCGCGUUGGCGUCGUGGCCAUCGCUCGCAUUCCUGAACAUCGCCGAUUGCUGUCUGACACCCGAGUCGUUCUCGCCGAUGCUUGAGCAGCUGGCUGAGGGUAACCAUUCGUCGCUACAUACGCUCGUCCUAGACAACAGCGAUCUGAACUCGGAAACGUACGAGCAGAUGCGCGGUAUCGUCAAGGACAAUCUACCAGCUCUCAAGACACUGAGUUUGGCACUGAACGAGGAUUUGGAAGACGACGAGUAUGUGGACGAGAUGGUGAAGGCUCUGGAGGAUCGUGGGGGAGAGGUGGUACUAGACGAUGAAGUUGAAGGCGAGAGAUGGUCGCUGCCCACUUACGUGGAGCCAGCCGCCGUCAAGGCGGUACCGGCCGCAGAGCCAGUCGAAGAAAUACCCAAGGAGGAGGAGAAAAAGGAUACGUCUGCCGAAGACGAGCUCGAGGCGGCAUUGGCUGGAUUAUCGCUUGGGAAGUAA